AUGCCAAAUCAAAGCAAUUUCAAAGCCUUUAUGAAAACUUUCUGGAUAGUAGUAAAUCUCCAUGUUCUAACCACAGUAGGUGAAAUUCUUCCAACUGCACGAAUCGCUGGCGGUCAAGUUAUCGACAUAAGUGAAGCAAAAUUUGUGGUACAAGUAGUUUCUGGAAAACUAUGCGGUGGUAGUCUCGUAACUCCACUACACGUUAUAACUGCAGCCCAUUGUGUAGAAGAUGUUCAUCCAUCGGAGAUAACUGUAAUUGGUGGAGCCAACUACCUCAAUAUAAGUGGCCUUCGAAGAACCGUUGAUACCAUCUAUGUGCCCGAGCAAUUUCUGUACAAAAAUUUAUCCUGGGACAUUGCUGUCCUAAAAUUAAGCACUCCCUUGGUGGGCCGAAAUGUAGCAACAAUUGAAUUAUGCAAUACACAGUGGGAUGAGGGAGCUUUAUUUAAGGUUUAUGGUUGGGGUGAAACUUCCGCUAGAGCGUAUCCAUUUGCUUUCCCUAUAUACUUUCCCAUACAAUAUUUAGUUCCAACACUUCCUACCCAACUUCAAAUGGUUGAGGUUCCUGCAUUGCCGUUUGAAAAAUGUGAUAAAUUUUAUCAUGAGCCGGUAGUACCAAGUGUUCUGUUCUGUGCUGGUAUUCAAGGUGAAAAGGAUUCAUGUCAAGGUGAUUCUGGCGGUCCAGCAGUGUACAAUAAUCAAUUGUGUGGUAUAGUUUCAACUGGUCGGGAUUGUCCAGAUAUUGGGUUUUAUGUGAAUAUAAAUCAUGUUAAAGAUUUUGUGGAGGAUGUUAUACAAUUGGAUGGAUUACAAUGA